ACACGGACACACACAGACACGACACACACGGACACACACAGACACACACACGGCCGAGCCACGCGUGGGGAGAUCAUGUGACGAGUGACGUCAGGAAGUUUGACCAACAAUUAGGGAAGUUUUUUUUGGGAGGCCAUUUCCGGUGCGGGCAGCAUCAUCAUGUUGUCUCUGCUCACCUGUUGUCACCUGAUGACGUCACUGCUGCUCUGCUGCCUGGGCCACGCCCACGCCUCCAGGUGGCUGAUUGGCGAGCGAGACAACCACUGCGGCGGCGUCUGCACGCGCCCACAGGCCAAGCCCGUGUGCGGCUCGGAUGGGCGGAGCUACGAGAAUGGGUGCGAGCUGCAGAGGGCGCGCUGCAAGGACAAGACGCUGACGCUGGCGCACCGCGGCCGCUGUCGAGGAAGAAACUGGGCUAAGCCGGCUCAGUCUCCGGCGUCUCCGGCACCGACGCCCACAUCUGUGGGCGGAGAGAUGGCGCAAACAGACGUGGCUCAGUCCAAGUGCCGUGUGGAGAGGAAGCAGGCUUUGGAGCAAGCAAGGAGGCCCCAAGAGUCCAUCUUCGUCCCAGAGUGCACCGAGGACGGGUCCUUCUCCCAGGUGCAGUGUCACACCCUGACGGGCUACUGCUGGUGUGUCACCAGUGACGGCAAGCCGGUGAGCGGCUCCUCGGUGCACAACAGGACUCCGGUGUGUUCAGGCUCGGUCACUGACAAACCUCCCGCUCAGCCCAGCUCUGGUAGAAAAGACGACGGCUCCAAGCCCACGCCCACCCUGCAGAGUCACGUCCCCCUGGUAGGCGAGGAGAUAACUGCUCCUACGCUAUGGAUCAAACAGUUGGUCUACAAGGAGAAGCAGAACAGUUCCACCUCCCGGAAGCAAGAGAAAGUUCCGUCAUGUGACCAGGAGAGACAGAGCGCUCUGGACGAGGCCCGGCAGAACCCUCGCGAGGCCAUUUUCAUCCCCGACUGCGGGCCCCGGGGCCUCUACCAGGCGGUCCAGUGCCACCAGUCCACAGGGUACUGCUGGUGUGUGCAGGUGGACACAGGAAGACCAAUACCAAGGACCUCCACCAGGUACCAGACGCCAGAAUGUGACAAAGCGCCGCGGUCUCACCUCCCAGACUCAGAAGAUAUUUUCCAAGGCAGAGACCUGACAGGUUGCCCCGAGGGGAAGAAAGCGGAGUUCAUAACGAGUCUGUUGGACGCCCUCACCACAGACAUGGUCCAAGCCAUAAACUCACCAGCCCCCUCUGGUGGAGGGAGGUUUGUGGAGCCUGACCCCAGUCACACGCUGGAAGAGAGGGUGGUCCACUGGUACUUUGGCCAGCUGGACAUCAACAGCAGUCAGGACAUCAACAAGAAGGAGCUCAGGCCCUUCAAGAGGUACCUGAAGAAGAAAGCCAAGCCCAAGAAGUGCGGCCGCAAGUUCAGCGACUACUGCGACCUCAACAAGGACAAGGUCAUCACCCUGCUGGAGCUGAAGGGCUGCCUGGGAGUCAGCAAGGAGGCGUGAGGCCAGAAGGCGCCAGGAGCCGCCAGGAGGGCCGAGGGCACAGAAGGAAGGCGUCGGCACGCUCGCAUGGCGCCGCCAAGAAGAAGGACGCGGCACAGAGGAAAUAACUUCCAUGAAAAAGCAGCGCCAAAUAUUUGCACUUUCUCCUCCUACGUCCUCUUUUUUGUUUGUUUGUUUGUUUGUUUGUUUGUUUGUUUGUUUGUUUGUUUGUUUGUUUUCUCCGGCCUUGUGUGACUUUUGGCUGAGGAAACGUUUGUUGGAACCCAGCUGGGACUCAUGCCCAGCACUGGCUGCCUUCUAGAAGCAUCUAGAAGCAUC